CGUUAGUGGCCUCCCGAGAGCAGCGCAGCAAAGCCGAGCCGAGCAGGGGGAGGCCCAGGGCCAGGGCGUGGAGGUGAGCUGUGCCAGGGAGGGGAGCGACGAAGGAAGCGCUUCUGACGAGAAACGAGGAGAGGGAGGGGCCGACGAGUAAAGAAAGCAACGGGCGACCGCGAGCGCGAGUCAGGACUCCGGGACUCGAGGGAGGGAGGGAGGGACUUGAUUGAAGGUCAGAGUCAGGGUUUGGUCCGUUCGUCGACGAGAAGAGGAACAAGGCAAGGGGAGGUGAAGGAAGGAAGGAAGGAAGGAAGGAAGGAAGGAAGGAAGGAAGGAAGGCAGGCAGCAUUUUAGGGUUUAAAUUUGGCGAUCAGUUGCGUAAAUUUUUUUUUCGUCCGGGCGUUGGUCUGGUCGGUGGGCGGUGAUCGUUCUCGGAGUACAGUUGUCGGGGCAAUCGAGCGUGGUAGAGGUGUCCCAGGUCUCCUCCUGAGAGCGGAUUUCUCUGACUCACGUUAGCUUUUUGUCAUUUGUUUGAUUGGGUUCUCGUUCUCCGUUUUGGUGGAGAGCUCGGUAUUUUGUCACUUGAAGCCUCGGAGUUCAUCUGCUUGAUUUGGUACCUGUCGUUGCGGGCUGCGGGGCCGUGGCGGCAUUCUGGAAGUUUUGGAGAAUUCUGCCGUUCUCCAUUUAUUCGAGUUUCGGAGUCUCUCAAUUGAUCUGUAGUUUUGCUCUUGGUUUUUCCAAGCGAAGGGCCUUGUGUCGCGCACACGCACGGUUCGCCUGUCGCGCAUUAUGGAGGAGAUUUGGCACGAAGCUGUGGAUUUGACUCCUUCGUCUGGGGAGUAGAGUAAAGGGUUACAGGAAGAGAGGACGUGAGGAUCUCUGGCGUUUUAGAUUUGCAAUUUUGUUAGACUUUUAAGGCAGCGAGGAUGGGAGUUCCGGCGUUCUACAGGUGGUUGGCAGACAAGUACCCACUUAUUGUAGUUGAUUGUAUAGAGGAAGAGGUGCAGGUGAUAGAAAAUGUACGCGUACCAAUUGACACUACUAAACCUAACCCUAAUGGAUUGGAGUACGAUAAUCUUUACCUCGACAUGAAUGGGAUCAUUCAUCCGUGCUUUCAUCCCGAAGACAGACCAGCUCCGACAACAUUUAGCGAAGUGUACGAGUGCAUGUUCGACUACAUUGAUCGGCUUUUUGCCAUCGUUCGUCCAAGAAAAGUGUUGUACAUGGCUAUAGAUGGUGUCGCUCCGCGAGCGAAGAUGAAUCAGCAACGUUCUCGGCGAUUCAGGGCUGCCAAAGACGCUCAAGAUGCGGCGGAGGAAGAGGAGAGGUUACGUAAGGAAUUUUUAGCUGAGGGGCGAAACAUACCUCCGAAAGAAAAGUCUGAGGCUUACGAUUCCAAUGUCAUUACUCCGGGAACCCCAUUCAUGGGCAGUUUGUCCAUCGCUUUACAGUACUAUAUUCAUUUACGGCUGAACCACGAUCCAGGUUGGCGCUACAUCAAGGUCAUUCUUUCUGAUGCGAAUGUUCCUGGCGAAGGAGAGCAUAAGAUUAUGUCCUACAUUCGGCUUCAACGGAAUCUCCCUGGUUUUGAUCCAAACACGCGGCACUGUCUUUACGGCCUGGAUGCUGACUUGAUCAUGCUUGCUCUGGCUACCCAUGAAGUCCAUUUUUCGAUUCUGAGAGAGGUCGUCUUCAUGCCGGGACAGCAAGACAAGUGUUUUCUUUGUGGUCAGGUUGGUCACUUAGCUGCAGAUUGCGAAGGCAAACCGAAGAGGAAACGAGGAGAGCAUGAUGAGAAAGGUGAAGCAGAAAUUGUACCAAAAAAGCCCUUCCAGUUUUUACACAUAUGGACACUGCGGGAGUAUCUGGAGUUUGACAUGUCUAUUCCGAAUCCUCCUUUCGAAGUGGAUUUUGAAAGACUAGUCGAUGACUUUGUUUUCAUGUGCUUUUUUGUGGGAAAUGAUUUUCUUCCGCACAUGCCAACACUGGAGAUCAGAGAGGGAGCUAUUAAUCUUCUUAUGCUCGUCUACAAAAGGGAGUUCAAGCAGAUGGGUGGCUAUCUCACGGAAGACGGAGAGGUAAACCUGAAGAGAGUUGAGUAUUUUAUUCAAAUCAUUGGAGCCCAGGAAGAGACAAUCUUUCAAAAGAGAGCUCGUAUACACCAGCGCCAAGCAGAUAGGCGCAGACGUGAGAAAGGUCAGCUGAAGCGUGGAGAUGAUGCUGAACCCACCGUCCCCCCCGAACAACUUUUUCCGGUAAUGCACAACCGUGACUCGCGUAAUGCACGCCCUUCUCAUGCAUCUCCAUAUCAGCACAGACCAUACCAACCUCAAGAACCUGCUGCUGGAAGAUACCAGCCCCAAGUGCUGGCUGGCCGUAAUCACCAGGCUGCGCAAUCGCUGCGUGUCUCCCUUUUGGCUAAGUCUGGCAAAAACUCAACCCGAAAUAAUGGAGCUGCAAGCCCUGUCCCCGGAUUGUCUGUAGUUCCUGACCCGGCAGUGAAGUUGAUGCGGGUAGAGGAAGCAGACAGCUCCAUAGCUGCAGCAGUGGUCACAAGAGAAGACAGUUUUGCUACGGAAAGUGAUAUUGAGGGAAAGUCAGCACAGGCCGAAGAUCAGCAGGAUGAAGCGGAUAACGUGGAGGAGCUGAAAUUGAAACUUAAGAAUGUCUUACGCGAAAAGUCUGAUAUGACUAGCGGUGGCAAAGAGAUUGAAGACGCGGUGAGGUUGGGCGAACCUGGUUGGAAGGAGAGAUAUUACGUGGAAAAGUUCGAAACAAGGACCGCCGAAGAAAUGGAAGAGAUCCGCAGGGACGUGGUGCUUAAAUUUACUGAGGGUCUUUGCUGGGUUAUGAGAUAUUACUACCAAGGUGUCUGUUCCUGGAAUUGGUAUUAUCCAUAUCACUACGCUCCUUUUGCAUCAGAUCUUACGGGUCUGGAUGAGUUGGAGAUUACCUUUUUUCUUGGACGUCCUUUCAAGCCAUUCGACCAGCUGAUGGGAGUGUUGCCAGCGGCUAGUUCGAACGCUCUUCCGAAGAUGUACAGACCCUUGAUGAGUGAUCCUAAUUCACCAAUCAUUGAUUUCUAUCCCACAGAUUUUGAUGUGGACAUGAACGGAAAGCGCUUCUCAUGGCAGGGUGUGGCAAAACUACCUUUCAUCGAGGAGGACCGACUUCUUGCUGAAAUUAGCAAAGUCGAAGGAACGCUGACUCCUGAGGAGAGAAAGCGAAACAGCACUUUGUCAGAGAUGCUGUACGUUUCAUGCAGCCAUAGUCUCGCGCCAUACAUCUUUUCUUUCUACGAUAGAUGUGGUCAUCUUGUCGGACAGGCACGAGCUGAGGCUAAGGAGGAAAUCGACCCUAUUGCCAGUGGAGGGAUGAACGGAUAUUUGUACCUGUGCGACGGUGAAGCGUGCCCUGCUAUGUUCCGCUCCCCGGUAGAGGGAAUGUCAAGUAUUACCAACAAUCAAGUUCUAUCUGUUAUUUAUAAACUUCCCCCGCAUCACAGACAUAUCGCGAAGCCACCAGAAGGGGUGGUCAUGCCAAAGAAGGAGGUGACGGAACAGGAUGUGAAAACACAGCCUUUGUGGCAUGAAGACAACGGUCGGAGACAGCAAAUUCAAGACAGGCCACCAGUCGCAGGUGCUCUGGCGGGUCAGGUUUUGGGAGAGGCUGCUCGAAGACUCCUUGUGAACAGCCUGCCAAACAGGCACAACAGCUCAGGGGGUGCGAUGCAAAUGCUUCAGCGUCAAGCCCAGCAAGCAUCUGGUUCAGGAGGUAUAUUAGGUGCUCCAGCUCCUUAUCAACAUCCAUCAGCCCAGGGUAUACCUCCAGGGGGCAGGCCUCGUCCGGCUGGGCCUCCUGGAUAUGAGCAAGGGUUCGGUCCACCAAGUCCCCCAUACGGGGGAGUUUAUGGAGCAGGCCAGACCUACGCACAGGCCGCCUACCCCAGUGCUCCACAACAUCAGUACCCAGUGCCAGGUGGGUAUGCUCCACCCAGCAAUGGAGGUAGCUAUUAUCCACCAACUUCACGUCAAUCCCAUCAGCUACACCAGUCGCAUCAGCCUCAUCAUACAGUUCCAAGAGCUCCACCUGCUGUGGGUGGACCAGGGUUUAUGGGCAGGGGUGGUCCAUAUCAACAGCCUCCGCCACAUCAUUCCCAACAAUCCGGGCCGCAGGCACCGAAUGCUUGGAAUGGAGGGAGAGGAGCAAGUGGGACACAAAAUUUUUCUCGUGUGCAGCAGCAAGUAGUCACAACUAAUAGUUUCACAGCAUUGCAGGGGAGGGGAAGAGGCGGAAGACAGCAGAACAACAACAAUCGGUACUAAGUCUUUAGAACAGUGUCUCAAGUUCAGAUGUCCUGUGGCCAAUGACACCCCAGCUCUUGAUCAUGUUCAUUGUAGCUCUUGUGUGGCACUCGGUUAUUAGAAUCAUUGACAAGGUUCAAAGCAUGGAGGGAAGCCAUAGGACGAGAGGUGCUGCGGUAGUCCUUGUAGCACUCUCUUUGCUCCUGCCUGUUAUCAUCUGUAACAUAUGGUCGCAUUCCGUAGCCACAUUCUCAUCUUGGAAGCCCCGCGAGGAGUAACAAUGAAAUUGUAAAUGUAUUUGCAAGAUACCCUUCGUGAAGGGCUGCUUCUGGAUUUCUCCUCUUUUUUGUAAAGAGAAAUCCGAAUGAAUGGUAUAAGCGGAUGGCAGCAGGUCAAGCCAAUCUGCAUAUAAUUCCUUGGCAACUUUUCUGUGUGUGACAGAGUUCAUGUCGAAUGACGGAGUUCUGCUGUAUUCGAAUACCGGAUGGCGGUACCGUCGGUUUUCCUGAAAUAGCUGCUUCAUUGCUCUCUACAUGCUGUAGUUUUCGUCGGACAUCGCAUCGAUACACUGAUAUUCGUGUGGGACUGCAAUACAAUAAAAUCCUUGCUGACCGGAAGUUCUGAACAGGAUAUUCGCAUCCUACACGAUCUCCAGCCCCGCCUCGCAUCGGUCGCUUCGGAUUCCACCCUGCGAUGAUGUCCUGGUCGACGGAAGAAAGAUGUUCACGAGAUGUGGAAGGCUCUCUUUGCGUAUCCCCGUGGACCCAAGAGCUCAAAAGAUCAGAAACCCUAAACCCCCCAUAUCCCUGCCCGCCCCUGGACUUCAACACUUUUCAGUCUACUUCUCCAUCUUCUCGGACCACGCUAGCCGGUAAGGUGACCGGCUGAAUAUCAAUAUGCACUCGAACAGGGAAGCAAUACCUGUAUCUGAUCUGGAAUACGUAUGCCUCAUUCGUAAUUCGUAUAAUCGCUAUCAUGGCGAUUUUGACUGAAACCAACAAACUCGGACAUGGGUCGUAACAUCAAAGACAUUCUCCUUUACUCAACUCACCUGUAACGCGGGGUAGAGCACAGUAUUCACAGGGUACAUUUCAAUAUCAUGUAGAUAUUUUAAGAGUUUUUGCAAUCUUGAUUUAGCUAACACAAUAUGAACCAAACGAAAUUACGGAUUAAUAAUGAACAGUUUGAUGUAUGAAGC